CUUCAGGACAAAAAGUUACAUCAUGCUUAUGAUAAGCCGAUAUUCAUGGCUGCCUCUGGAGCAAUGCUUAUGGCCUCUUACGGACUUUGGACAGUUUUUGCUCUCCCUGGCUUUCGAAAAGUGCCAAUAUGUCUAAAGACAUACCAGGCAGAGACAUAAGUCCUGUCUCUACUGUGCAGGUGCCGUACUUGCCCUCAAGCAGGAUGCAAACACACAACAUUAUGAAGCUCCUGCAAGGCAGAAGAGGCUGUCUGGCAGAUCUGGGUUCUGGAGAUGGAAGACUGGUGUUUGCUGCCUCGUCAUUGGGCUUCCAGUGUACCGGUUUUGAAAUAAACUCCAUUUUGAUUGGCUAUGCAAGAGCCAGAGCAAAGUGGAUGGGAGUUCCACAUUCUGCAGCAAGCUUUGUGAAUGAGGAUUUCUGGAAGACUGAUUUGUCUCGAUAUAAGAAUUUGACAGUCUUCUUGGCACCUGGAGUGAUGGAAGUACUAGGCAGGAAGUUAGAGCAGGAGUUGGAUCAUGAUGCCAGGGUGAUCGCCUGUCGUUUCCCAUUCCCUCACUGGCAUGCUUCAGCAUCAGAGGGAGAAGGACUGGACCAGGCCUGGGCCUACGACAUGGCUACAGUUCGCAGACUCCCAUGAGCAUGAGCUCCAACAAAUCACUGCAAGACUUUUUUCCACUACUGCCAAAUGGAUAUUUUAAAACCCACAGCAAUUAUUCAAUUUAAAUGAAAUGUUAUAUUAACGUUAGUGACCAUAACAUAUAUUUUUUGAUCGAGUAGAAGUGAGAGUAUUAGAUUUUGCAUAAUAAAAAAGUCGGAACGCUUUAUUUUAAAUACUGUAUAUAUGGGACAAUGAGAAAACCUGUCAGAAGUGGCUGAAUUCUGGAAAAUAUUCAAAACGUAUGAAAAAUUGGGGUUUCAUCAAAUACAUAUUUUGUUUCCUGCUAGAAUUGUACUUUGGUAUCUUUACUUUAAGAAAACAGAAAUAAAUUUACAUAACAAAUGUU